GGCGGCCACGGCCCCGCCGCCCCCCCCUUCCCCCCGCCCCGCGACCCCCCCCCCGGGGUCACCGGGCACCGGCCGCACCAUGCGGAGCGCCCGGGCGCUGCUGCUCGCCCUCGCCCUGCGGGUCUACGCGCUGGACACCGAGACGCCCGCCGCUGGCUGCACCUUUGAGGAGGACAGUGACCCGAACCAGUGUGAGUACAGCCAGGGCGAGGAGGAUGACUUCGAGUGGGAGCUGAUCCGGAGCUAUUUGAUGCCUCACCUGACGCCUGACCUGCCUCAUGGCUCCUACCUGAUGGUGAACUCCUCCCAGCACGCCCCAGGCCAGAAAGCUCACCUGCUUUUCCAGGCCCUGAGCGAGAACGACACCCACUGCCUGCAGUUCAGCUACUUCAUGUACAGCCGGGACGGGCACAGCCCUGGCACCCUCAGUGCCUACGUGCGGGUCACGGGGGGCCCGGUGGGCAGCGCCGUCUGGAACGCCUCGGGCUCCCACGGCCGCCAGUGGCACCAGGCAGAGCUGGCUGUCAGCUUGUUCUGGCCCAGUGAGUACCAGGUCCUGUUCGAGGCGGUGGUGUCCGGUGAGCGCAGGGGGUACCUCGGCUUGGAUGACAUUCUGCUCCUGAAUUACCCGUGCUCCAAAGCCCCUCAUUUCUCCCGCCUGGGCGACGUGGAGGUGAACGCGGGGCAAAACGCCACCUUCCAGUGCGUGGCCGCCGGGAAGGCGUCCGAGGCCGAGCGCUUCCUCAUGCAGAGGCAGAGUGGCCAGGCGGUCCCCGCCGCCUCGGUGAAGCACAUCAGCCACCGGCGCUUCCUGGCCACCUUCCAGCUGGACGAGGUGUCCAAGGCUCAGCAGGAUCUGUACCGCUGUGUCACCCAGUCCAGCCGAGGCUCGGGGGUCUCCAACUUUGCCGAGCUCAUCGUCAAAGAGCCCCCCACACCCAUUGCACCCCCCCAGCUGCUCCGGGCCGGCUCCACCUACCUCAUCAUCCAGCUCAACACCAACUCCAUCAUCGGCGACGGCCCCAUCGUGCGCAAGGAGAUCGAGUACCGCAUGACCUCGGGGCCCUGGUCGGAGGUGCACGCUGUCAACAUGCAGACCUACAAGCUCUGGCACCUGGACCCGGACACAGAGUAUGAGAUCAGCGUCCUGCUCACCCGGCCCGGCGAGGGGGGCACCGGCAAACCGGGGCCGCCCCUCAUCAGCCGCACCAAGUGCGCAGAGCCCAUGAGGGCCCCCAAAGGCCUGGCUUUCUCCGAGAUCCAGUCCAGGCAGCUGACACUGCAGUGGGAGCCACUGGGCUACAACCUGACCCGCUGCCACACCUACACCGUCUCGCUCUGCUACCGCUACUUCGUGGGCAGCGGCCACAACCAGACCUUCCAGGAGUGUGUGAAGAUGGAGCGGAACGCCAACCGCUACACCAUCAAAAACCUGCUGCCCUACAAGAACAUCCACGUCAAGCUCAUCCUCUCCAACCCCGAGGGGCGCAAGGAGGGCAAGGAGGUGGUUUUUCAGACCGAUGAGGAUGUGCCUGGGGGCAUCGCCUCGGAGUCCCUCACCUUCACCCCGCUGGAGGACAUGAUAUUCCUGAAGUGGGAGGAACCGGUGGAGCCCAACGGCCUCAUCACACAGUACGAGAUCAGCUACCAGAGCAUCGAGUCGUCCGACCCGGCCGUCAACGUGCCCGGCCCGCGCCGCACCGUGUCCAAGCUGCGCAACGAGACCUACCACGUCUUCUCCAACCUCCACCCCGGCACCACCUACCUCUUCUCGGUCCGGGCCCGCACCGGGAAGGGCUUUGGCCAGACGGCACUCACCGAGAUCACCACCAACAUCUCCGCUCCCACCUUCGACUAUGGGGACAUGCCAUCGCCGCUGAGCGAGUCAGAGAGCACCAUCACGGUGCUGCUGCGGCCGGCGCAGGGCAGGGGGGCUCCCAUCAGCACUUACCAGGUGAUAGUGGAGGAGGACCGCCCCAAGAAGCUCAAGCGGGAGCUGGGGGGGCCGGAAUGCUUCCCGGUGCCCCUCACCUUCGACGACGCCGUGUCCCGGGGCUCCGUGCACUACUUUGGGGCAGAGCUGCCCGCCAGCAGCCUCACCGAGGCCAAACCCUUCACUGUGGGGGACAACCAGACCUACAGCGGCUACUGGAACCCCCCCCUGGAGCCCAAGAAGGCCUAUCUCAUCUACUUCCAAGCCAUGAGCAACCUCAAAGGGGAAACCCGGCUGAACUGUGUCCGGAUCGCCCGCAAAGCUGCCUGCAAAGAGAGCAAGCGUCCCCUGGAGGUGUCACAGCACUCGGAGGAGAUGGGCUUGAUCCUGGGGAUCUGUGCUGGGGGGCUCAUCGUCCUGAUUAUCCUGCUGGGAGCCAUCAUCGUGGCCAUCCGGAAAGGGAAACCUGUGAACAUGACCAAGGCAACCAUUAACUACCGGCACGAGAAGACCCACAUGAUGAGUGCCAUCGACAGGAGCUUCACCGACCAGAGCACCCUGCAGGAGGACGAGCGCCUGGGGCUGUCCUUCAUGGACACCCACAACUACGGAAACAGAGGUGACCAGCGCAGCAGCGUGGUCAACGAGUCCAGCAGCCUCCUGGGGGGCUCCCCGCGGCGCCAGUGCGGCCGUAAGGGCUCCCCGUACCACACGGGGCAGCUGCACCCGGCCGUGCGCGUGGCCGACCUCCUGCAGCACAUCAACCAGAUGAAAACGGCCGAGGGCUACGGCUUCAAGCAGGAGUACGAGAGUUUCUUUGAAGGCUGGGAUGCUUCAAAGAAGAAAGACAAGACCAAAGGGAGACAGGAUCAUGUGUCGACAUACGACCGUCACCGUGUGAAGCUGCACCCGCUGCUGGGUGACCCCAACUCUGACUACAUCAACGCCAACUACAUCGAUGGCUACCACAGGUCCAACCACUUCAUAGCCACCCAAGGGCCCAAGCAGGAGAUGGUGUACGAUUUCUGGCGCAUGGUGUGGCAGGAGCACUGUUCCAGCAUUGUGAUGAUCACCAAGCUGGUGGAGGUGGGCCGGGUGAAGUGCUCCAAAUACUGGCCAGAUGACUCGGAGAUGUACGGGGACAUCAAGAUCACCCUGGUGGAGUCAGAGACUUUGGCUGAGUACGCUGUGCGCACCUUCGCCCUCGAGAGGAGGGGUUACUCAGCCCGGCACGAGGUGAAGCAGUUCCACUUCAUGUCGUGGCCCGAGCACGGUGUCCCCUACCACGCCACGGGGCUGCUGGCCUUCAUCCGCAGGGUGAAGGCGUCCACCCCGCCUGAUGCCGGCCCCAUUGUCAUCCACUGCAGUGCUGGCACGGGGAGAACCGGCUGCUACAUCGUGCUGGACGUUAUGCUGGACAUGGCUGAGUGUGAGGGUGUGGUGGACAUCUACAACUGCGUGAAGACCCUCUGCUCACGGAGGAUCAACAUGAUCCAGACAGAGGAGCAGUACAUCUUCAUCCACGAUGCCAUCCUGGAGGCCUGUCUGUGUGGGGAGACCAGCAUCCCCGCCAGCGAGUUCAAGCCCACCUACAAGGAGAUGGUGAGGAUUGAGCCGCAGAGCAACUCCUCGCAGCUGCGGGAGGAGUUCCAGACCCUGAACUCGGUGACCCCCCACCUGGACGUGGAGGAGUGCAGCAUCGCGCUCCUGCCCCGCAACCGCGAGCGCAACCGCAGCAUGGACGUGCUGCCGCCGGACCGGUGCCUCCCCUUCCUCAUCUCCGUGGAUGGAGACAGCAACAACUACAUCAACGCGGCCUUAACCGACAGCUACACCAGGAGCGCUGCCUUCAUCGUCACCCUGCACCCCCUGCAGAACACCACCACCGACUUCUGGCGCCUGGUGUACGACUACGGCUGCACCUCCAUCGUCAUGCUCAACCAGCUCAACCAGUCCAACUCGGCCUGGCCCUGCCUGCAGUACUGGCCCGAGCCAGGGCUCCAGCAGUACGGCCCCAUGGAGGUGGAGUACGUGUCCGGAACGGCGGAUGAGGACAUCGUGUCCCGGCUCUUCCGAGUCCAGAACAUCACACGGUUGCAGGAGGGGCACCUGAUGGUCCGGCACUUCCAGUACCUGCGGUGGUCGGCGUAUCGAGACACUCCCGACUCCAAGAAGUCCUUCCUGCACCUCCUGGCCCAAGUGGAGAGGUGGCAGAAGGAAAGUGGGGAUGGCAGGACCGUGGUGCACUGCCUGAACGGAGGUGGCCGGAGUGGCACCUUCUGUGCCUCCACCAUGAUCCUGGAGAUGAUCAAGUGUCACAACAUGGCAGAUGUGUUCUAUGCUGCAAAGACCCUCCGCAACUACAAGCCAAAUAUGGUGGAGACCUUGGAGCAGUACCAUUUCUGCUACGACAUAGCACUGGAAUAUCUGGAGUCCCUGGAGACCAGAUAGCACCUGGCCAGGAGAGGGGCGGCAAGGGCUGGCACAGGGGUCGUGCCAACUGUGCAUCUCCCACCUGGACGUUGCGUUCCUGCUGAGGGCGGGCCCGGAACCAGCAAAGGACCCAACGGGAAAACCCACGGGAUGGAGGAAACGAGAGGCCGUGGGGAUGUGCUGGACGUGUUGGGUGUGUUGGCCGCUCGCCAUCUUCAUCCUCCUCCGCUCUCCAUCUCCCCUCCCUGCUGAGCGGCCACAGGUUGGAUGGCACGACUCAUCCCAUUCCUUGGAGUUGGGGUGCGCUGCUGGGGGCCCCUAAAGCAGCUGGAGAGGAGCCCAGGGAGGGGAGGAAGAGGAGGACAGAAGGAGCCGAGGCCGUUUCCCAGCGGGGAAGGAUGGAUACCGGGAGGAGGGACGUUGGCUUUCAGUUCUGUGUGGAACUGAAGCCGCUGCCUGGGACAAAGACCCUCUCAGGAGCUCUUGAGUUUGUGCCCCUUCGCACCACGAGUUUGGUCUUGGCUUGUUUUAGUUCUGUGAGUUGCCCCCCUUUGUGUGCCCAGCCCUGGGCAGAGCAGGGAGGAGGGAUGAGAGAGCACGGGUGGCACCGACCGUGUCCUGCUUCAGCCCCGGGCCUUCCUGGCACCUCUGCCAAGCUUGGGAAGCGCUGCUUCCCCUGCACCUCCACACCAUCCUCCCCAUCUGUUGCACUUAAUUCCUCCUGAUGACCCAAAGCCUCCGGCCCACAGGGCUGUUUUUAACCCUUCCCUUGUGAAUCGCUGCAUUUGAAGCAAAACCCUCAAAAUUCGGGUCCAUCCCACGUUCCCCCUGGAUGCUGCCCCCAGGCAGUUGUCCACUGAUGCUCUUGGCUUUUGCUGGGGCUGGUGGAGCAGUUUUGGGGUGGUGUUGAGCUGUGCUGAAGCCCCUGAGCUGGGCUGUAUGUUGGGGCUGGGCACGGGGAGGUCCCCAAGCCCCUGGUGCCACCCAGGGCUGGUGAUUCAAGGCACUUGAUACUUUUUUGGCUCCAUCCUGCUGCAGGUGGGUGUGAGAUGGCACUUUUUCCAUCUGAUGCUGUGAUAAUUACAGGAAUCUCUGCUCACAGCCUGGUGGUAAUAAAAUGAACAGCCUCAGGAAGGUGCAGGCAGAGGGAUGAAGGUCUGGGGUCUGCCCUGGGGACUCAGACUGAGGGGAGGUUGGGUCUGUCUUGAGGGCCAGGCAGAACUUCACCAUCAUUUUUUGUGGGGAUGGAGCAGAACAGAUGAGAAAACUGUCCUCCAGAUGCUGGAGGGUGGAUGUGGGCAACCCCAUCCUUCAUCCCUCUUUCAUCCUUCAUCUCUCCCUCAUCCUCCUCUUAUCCUUCAUCCCCCAUGUGUGCUCCCCCACCCUCCAACCCCAUCUCCCCAGGGCAGGGGCAGCUUCCCUGCCUUGCCCUGCCUGGAGCUGGGGAUCCCUCUCCCCAGGGAAUUCUCCCCAGGGAAUGUUGAAGGCUGGGGGAGCAAACCCAGGGGAUGUUUCCAUCCCCCUUCCAAGGGUGAAGGAGAGCAGGGAGAUCCAGCCCUGCCCUCUCUCCCCUUGGAGGUUUCCCACCUGCUGUGGGGAUGGGGGUCUCAGCAGCAUCCAGGGCUUCUGCCCAGAGCCUUGGCUCUCUCACCUGCUCACUGAGUGAUUCCCAGCCUGAAAACAACUUAUUCCAAGGGCUAUACAACAUUAUUCCCGUUUUUUCCAUCCCUGCUGUCUAACCCUGUCCUGUGCCCAUUCAGUCUCGUGACCAAAUAGCCUUUUUUUUACCCUAAAAUGGCCCAGUUACACCCCAGUGUGGUGACACCAGUACCUGGUAACACCAGGUCUCACAUCACAAGCCUUGACUUGGAAUAAAUCCGUGUCCUUUUCCCAAUCCCCAUCUCUCCAUGGGCACGUCCUGCUGUCCUAGGGAAGGCUCUGCAUGGUGGGUGCAGAAACGUGCAGGAAUUGUUUGGUUUGGGAUGGAAAUGGCUGAGCUGAGCCUCUGAAAUCCCUGGGAAUGGGAUGAUCUGGGGGCUGUUCAGUGCUGGGAGCCAGAGGGAUGUUUUGCUGCUUCAUCCCAGAUCUUCCCCCACCUCCUCCCUGCAGUCCAGGGGGAGGGACCAUCCCACAGGGAUGUAGGUGAAGUGUUGCCAGAAAGAAGAAAAGGUGGAAAAUUGCAACCCCACUUAGUCCUGGAGACAACAGAAGCUGGAGGAGUUGUAUAUAUGUUUUAAAAUCCAGAUUUUUUCCUUUUUAUUUUAUUUUGAUAUCUCCUUGCUAGGUGUCUCUGGGUUUUUAGGGCAUCUCUGGUGAAGGGCAGACUUUGAAAUCCAAGUGCUAUAAAACCCAACCCACCUCCAGCUCCUACUGAGAUGCUCCUCUGACACGAGGCAAGGACAUCCUGUACAUAGAAAUAUAUAUAUAUAGAAAUCUAUAUAUAAAAAUAUAAAUACUGUUCUUAAGAUGGAUAAUGUUUAUUGGUAUUACAGAUUGGAGUGGUGCUUUUUUUGUUUGUUUGUUUUUUUUAAUAAAACCAAACCAAACAAAAACAGAACAGAACAAAACAAAACAAAACAAAAAAAAAGGAAAAAAAUUAAAACCCAAGAAAAACACCAAAUUGGAACCAUUCUGUCCAUAUGCAGGAAAAGUGAUCCCAAAAAGGAGGCAGCUCCACCCCGGAGAAGGAGGGAGAGACAGGUCUGAUGUGGAUUGUACCACGCACAUCCAGCUGUUGUUUUAACUGGUUGGUUUUUUUUAAAUAGUUUUAUUAUUAUAUUAUUAUUUUUUGGCUUUCUUUCCUUUUCAGAAGAUCAGUUGCAUAAAUAAAUGUUCCAAAUUUG